AUGUCCUCUUGGUCUGGCUCUGGCUACCCUCCUCCUCGCCGCUCCCGGUCUCGUUCACCAUACCGCGGUGGUGGAGGCGGAGGUUCGUACCCCCCGAGGUCGGGUCCGGAUAGCUACGCGCCUGACCCUUACCGUGCAGAAUGGGACGCGUACGAGAGGGACAGAUGGAACUACGAGCGAGACAGAGCAGCCUAUGACUAUGGACGCAGAGGGCGAAGCCGCAGCCCAGGAGACGACGCUCGCAAACGGCGUCGUUCUCCUUCCCCGUACGACAGGGACAGGGAUCGGUUCGAUCCUCGCCCAAGAUACGCAGAUGAUUAUGACGCCCAUUCGAGAGGAUACGGAUACGGCUCAUCACCGCCCAGACGUAGUUACUCGGCCUCCACUCGAAGAGCGCCUCCCGAUCCCCAUACCUUUGAUUAUCCUUCCUCUUUGAAGCAAUAUGCCGAAUGGUUCCGUUACUAUUACCCUCAGCAAGCUGCUGAGGAAGACAACGCGGACAAGGCUGCUGAGCAGGAUGCUGGCGAUGGCAGCAGGCCACGUAACGGCAUUAGAACGCGUUGGGAGAAAUAUAAGAAAGAGUUCUCUGCAAACCAGCUCCAAUCAAUGUUCGAACAUCACAAGAAGUCGCCUUGGUUCGCUGAAAAGUACGACCCCUCUCCAGAAUACGUCAACUUACGCAAACGUGUGAGGAAGGAGGGGUGGAAAGGACGUCUCAACGCCUUCCUCUUCGAUCUCGAGUCUGGGCGGUUCGACCCUGAUUUCCAGGAGCACACACCCGCAGAAGCACCCCCUUCCCCAGUGAAGGAGAACGCGACCGUGAAAAAGGAUGACACCUCGAAGAAGGAGGAGAAGGAAGUCAAGCCGGAGGACGCUGAUUCUGAUAUGGCUCCUGCUGUGCCUGUUGCUGACGACUCGAUGAAGAUGGAGGAAGAGGUUAACCUGGGAAAUGAUGAUGAGGGUGACGAGAAUGAUGGUGGCAAGUCUAAUGGCAGGGCCCGGCAGGAUGGCAGAGAGAAGAAUCGUGGCGAGGAGAUUUCCGUACAUUCGGAGGGACAUCAAGUCAUGAUCCGCACCAUCCCACCCGAUAUCGGCCGGGUCAAGCUGGAAACCGUCGGUGCUCUUGACAGGCUCCCGGGAUAUGUCUACCUCGCUCUUGGAGACCCUCUGCAGAAGAGGAAUUACUACCGGGCUGGAUGGCUCAAAUUCCGUGAGGACACCGACAUGACCGCGGUCAUGAGCGAGCUAAACGAUAAGAAGAUUGACGGUUUCAAGCUCCAUGUCCUUCACAAUACCCAUCCUUUCAAAAACCGCGUUCGCCACGCUCCGGAAGUCGCCAGUAAACCGGACCGUCUUGAGAAGGACCUCGUCAAUGCUAAGGCCCUUGCUCACAUCUUGGAGGAAGAAUAUUACGAGCUUCGCAAGACAAGGAUCCCUCCUUUCGUCCCUCCGAAGGAGAAGACCGACACUGAGGGCGCAGGCGAGAACGGUGAGGCCAACGUAGAGCCUCCUUCCCCGUCGCAAGAUGUCGCAAUGCCUGACGUCAAUGGUGAGGUGGAGGAGGACCCUGAGGAUCCCGAGCCGAAGAUGCGGGGCACCGAGGCAGUAGAGAAGAGGAUUGAGAAGGUCAUACAGGAGUUGCAAGAGUCUGGGACUGUCGAUGUCAACGACGAGGUGGAGUUUGGUAUUAAGAAGACGACUAUUGCGCUUGAUCUGUAUUUGGCAUAUCUUCGUGCGGCGUUCCACGCAUGCUAUUACUGCGCGAUUGUUACCGAUCAUCUGGAGGAACUUCAGAGGAAAUGUAUUAUGCAUGCUCGAAAGCCGUUGACGAAGGCUAUGAAGGAAGAUAUCACGAAAGCUGCUAGUGCUGGUGAUAGCGGGAAGGUUAACGAUGUCAAGGACGAGGACUCGAAGGAAGAGGAAGUCAAGCAAGAGGAAGAAAAGGAGGGCGAACAAAAUGGCGGCGAGAAGGCCGAGAAGGACGACCAGGAGAGGGACAAGGACAGUAAGAGGGAUGUGACGUUGAAGGAGAGGACGGGAGAUGUCAGUAGGGACUGGAGGAGAAACGAUGAUCGUUGGCUUGACUGGUUGGAUUCCAAGGUUGCGCUCCUGAUUGACAGGAACGGAGUGGACCCUCGAGCGUACGGCGGUAAAAGCUACGACGAAGCCUUGAGCAAAGCCGUCGAGCCUCAUAUCAAGCAGGAGGACGAGGGCAAAUAUCGUUGCAAGGAAUGCGGGAAGCUCUUCAAGGCCACUGCAUUCGUCGAGAAACAUAUCGCGAACAAACAUGGUGAGGUCAUCAAGGAUCUGGACCUGGAUAUCAACUACUUCAACAACUUCGCCCUCGACCCGCACCACAUCCAACCGUUCACGCACCCUCCCUCUACGACGAACCCUGGUGGGAACCAAGCACCCCCUCCACAAGCCUAUGGCCACCAAGCCGUUCCAGGCAGCCACAUCAGCGACUACGGUCGAGGUAACGCUCCCAGUGUCGCCGGUGGCGGGUAUUACAGCUCGUACUACCCUCCACCACCACCACCUUACGCGAAUGGAGGCUACUGGGACCCGUACGCUUAUCCUUACGGUCCUCCAAGCUACGCGAUGCCCCCACCACCCCGUCGCGGCGACGAAGGCGUCCACCAUCGACGACUGAGUGACCGCAUCAGUGGGUAUGCGCCUGGCUACGACGGACACUCUCAUGGUCAUGGCUCCAUGGACCUUGGUGGUCUGCCGAGCACGUUGCCUCCGUCUGCUGGUUUACCUGCGAAACCGGCGGGAUUGGACCAGGCGUUACCGGACGAUGGAGGGAGGAGGAACGGAAGGAAGAGGGGUGGAGGAGGUGGAGGUGGGGGCGCCGGUGGGGGCGGGAGAGGUUCGGAUGUGGGUGGGGUUAUGCCGCCUCCGCCGCCGGAUGCGAAGGAGGACCCGAGGGCUGCGGCGGGGAAGAAGGUCAGCUAUCAUGAUAUGGAUCUGGUCGCGGAGGGGGAUGUGGAGUUGCAGUAUUGA